GUAAUUUUGAAAUAAGCAUAUUUGUGUGUAAGAUGUAAUAUAGAUAAAAACAUUUGUAGUUUUAUCAUAUUAAACCAUGUGUAUUCAGCAAUUUAACAUGGAUGGGCAGAAGGUCAAAUCUGUAGAGCAAUAAUGGGAUUUUUCUAAUCAGCUCUCGCUGAAACAUUUAACACCAUACAAAAAGAAAUACUGAAAUUCUGUAGCACAUUUGCUCUCCAUCUGUCUGCUUAGAAAUUCUUAUAUCCUGAUAUGAGACUUUUCAACAUAUUGUAAUUACAACCCUUUCCCAGAAGCUGUGAACUGUCAGGUAAGCUCCAUGACACACCUCUGCUGGCACAGGUAAAAUGGUGCUAAUCAGUCUGUAUCCUAUCAGUAACAGGUGGAUAUCUCUGGCCUUACAAAGGGCUGGUUCAGGCAGUCAGGAUAGGCCCCAUGACCCCCUUGGUAAAACAACGGGUUCAUUCUUUGCUCCACUGCUGACCUCAUUGUCUCUUUGUGGAGUGAAAAUCCAGAGUUGCAUUCUGUUUAGUGGUCAGACAGCUGCUGGUGUGCAGCAUCUCUGCUGUAAUGGAGGUGAGUGGAUGAGAAAGCAGUCCGCAGCUCCCACCAGGAAACACCUGGAUCCAAACAACCAAAACAUGAGUCUUAGGAGAGAUGCUGUGGCAGUGAUUGAGAAUCCUGUGGUCAGACAGUCUUUCCAUCCAGAGCAUCUGCAGGUGGACAGGAUUGAGACGGGACAGAAUAAUCCUACCUGGAUCAGAGAGCUACAGUUUCUCCAUCCAGUGUCUGGCAAAGUGUCGGCCCAUAAACUGGUGAGAGUGUUUGCAGCUCUGUGUGUACUCUGUCUGCUGGGAGGUGUUGUCAUUGGAGUUUGGUUCAUAGUGAAAAUUCUCUUAAGGCCAAACUCAGCUCAGAGCCCUGUGAGUUUAGGAGACACCAAAGACACAUCCUUCUGCAAUGUAACCGAGGACACCUCUGUGACGGAUGCCAGGAAAGUGUUUUACAGGAUCAGUGCUGAGAACUCUCUUCUGGAAAUCCAGCUGGAGAAGCAACAGACGUGGCUGCCUGUAUGUUAUGAGAGGUGGAACUCCUCUCUGGGAACGCUUGUAUGUCGACAGCUGGGCUAUCUGAGACUGUCAAAGCACAAAGGGGUGAAUCUGACUGAUAUUGGGCCGAACUACACAGACGGAUUUGUCCAAAUCACCUCAGAACACCAAAGCAAUUUUGAGAGUUUAUGGCAGUUCAGGGGCAGCUGUAGUACAGGAAAGGUGAUAGCACUGAAAUGUUUUGAGUGUGGUACCAGAGCAAAGUUACCUAGGAUUGUUGGAGGAGUGGAAGCCACUCUUGGCAGAUGGCCCUGGCAAGUGAGUCUCUACUACAGUAACCGCCACAUCUGUGGAGGAUCCGUCAUCACCAACCAAUGGAUAGUUACAGCUGCUCACUGUGUCCACAACUACAGGCUACCUCAAGUGUCCAGUUGGGUGGUUUAUGCUGGUAUUGUUACCAGCAAUUCGGCUAAACUGGCUCAAUACCAAGGCUUAGCUGUGGAGAGGAUCAUCUACAACAAGAAUUACAACCACAGGACUCAUGACAAUGAUAUCGCUUUGGUGAAAUUAAGAACUCUUUUGAAUUUCUCAGACACCAUCAGACCUGUGUGUCUACCUAAGUAUGAUUAUGAUCUACCAGGAGGAACCCAGUGCUGGAUCUCUGGUUGGGGAUAUACACAGCCAGAUGAUGUUCAUAUACCAGAGGUUCUCAAAGAGGCACCUGUACCUUUAAUAAGCACAAAGAAAUGCAAUAGCUCUUGCAUGUACAAUGGAGAGAUCACCCCUCGAAUGCUCUGUGCUGGAUAUACAGAAGGAAAAGUAGAUGCAUGUCAGGGGGACAGUGGAGGUCCUCUGGUUUGCCAGGAUGAGAAUGUCUGGAGGCUGGUUGGUGUUGUUAGCUGGGGAACAGGCUGUGCUGAGCCAAACCAUCCAGGAGUUUAUACCAAAGUGGCUGAGUUUUUAGGGUGGAUAUAUGAGAUUAUAGAGAGCUACUAAAGACACGUUUGAUCGUAGAAGAGAAGAGAAGAAUAUCCUGACCAUUUUUUUAAAUUGUGGCCUUUUAUUUUAUUUAUUAUAUUUUAUUAUGUAAUGCCUAAACAUUUACAAAUAAAUGUAAUGAUUACAUUUAGAUGUUUGUACAUGUUUGCUCUAUGGUGUGUUACUUUGUGGGUUUUAAAAUAAAUG